UACCAUAGACGCGGAUAUUUUAACCAAGUCGGUUGGGAAAUUUGGAAUUGCUAUUUGACACGGAAGAUCCACAAGGGCCACAACCUCUUGUUUUUAUUCCUAGUCCACCCAGGAGGCGAGCGUACGGCGAGAGACGCGAACCAGUCCCCACCUCUAGGAUAUCAUCUACUGUGUGAGCGUCUGUGACCAUUUCUUCACUAUGGCAGAUGCUCAGGAGACUGAUAGGAACAUUGAGAUAUGGAAGAUCAAGAAAUUGAUCAAAGCACUGGAAGCUGCUAGAGGCAAUGGCACCAGCAUGAUUUCUCUUAUCAUGCCUCCACGUGAUCAAAUAUCUCGUGUUACCAAGAUGUUGGGUGAUGAAUAUGGAACUGCUUCAAACAUUAAAAGCAGGGUGAAUCGUCAGUCUGUGCUUGGUGCAAUUACAUCUGCUCAGCAAAGGCUUAAGCUUUACAGUAAGCUUCCUCCCAAUGGGCUUGUGCUGUAUACUGGAACAAUUGUAACUGACGAUGGGAAGGAGAAGAAGGUCACUAUUGAUUUUGAGCCUUUCAGGCCCAUUAAUGCAUCUCUUUACCUUUGUGACAACAAGUUUCACACAGAAGCGCUAAACGAACUCUUAGAAUCUGAUGACAAGUUUGGUUUUAUUGUCAUGGAUGGUAAUGGGACCCUUUUUGGUACUUUAAGUGGUAAUACCAGAGAGGUACUUCAUAAAUUUAGUGUUGACCUCCCAAAGAAGCAUGGGAGAGGAGGGCAAUCAGCUCUACGUUUUGCCCGUCUUCGAAUGGAGAAACGCCACAACUAUGUGAGGAAGACAGCGGAGCUUGCUACUCAGUUCUUUAUCAAUCCUGCCACCAGCCAGCCUAAUGUUGCAGGGUUGAUACUGGCUGGGUCAGCUGACUUCAAAACUGAGCUUAGUCAGUCAGACAUGUUUGAUCCUCGUCUUCAGGCCAAAAUAUUGAAUGUCGUAGAUGUCUCUUAUGGAGGGGAGAGUGGUUUCAAUCAGGCUAUUGAGCUGUCAUCUGAGAUCCUGUCUAAUGUGAAGUUUAUUCAGGAGAAGCGUUUGAUAGGAAAAUACUUUGAGGAGAUUAGCCAGGACACUGGGAAGUAUGUUUUUGGUAUAGAUGAUACACUGAAAGCUUUGGAGAUGGGUGCUGUUGAGACACUUAUUGUAUGGGAAAAUCUGGAUAUUAAUAGGUAUGUGUUAAAGAACAGCACUACUGGUGAGAUUAUCAUAAAGCACUUGAACAAGGAACAGGAGGCUGAUCAGGGCAAGUUUCGGGAUGUUGCCAGCUCUACUGAAUUGGAGGUUCAGGAAAAGCUGUCUCUGCUUGAGUGGUUUGCUAAUGAAUACAGGCGGUAUGGUUGCACACUUGAGUUUGUGACCAACAAAUCACAAGAGGGGUCUCAGUUCUGCAGGGGAUUUGGUGGAAUUGGGGGAAUCCUGCGUUAUCAGCUCGAUAUGAGAUCAAUGGAUGAGUUUUCUGAUGAUGGAGAAGUUUAUGAUGAUUCUGAAUAGCAGUUAAUCAACUGUUUCUCAAUCCUGGUGCAGGAGAAUGGGGGCAAAAAAACCUGCACCAGUGUGCGCGCUAUCGCGCUGCUUCGACUGCUCCUGAAUUGUUGCCCAAGAAGCUUUGCAAAGUCUAAAUCAAGAAUAUCAGAUUGGUGUGAGCCUGACAAGCUUGGCAUGGUGAUUUCACAUGGAUUUCGGAAUGGAGCCGUUGGGUGGAUCAUCGGGAUGAUUAAUAUUAUGCUAUAUUAUUAGUUGUUUUGUUGCUUCGAGGGGAUCGUAUUAAGUUGCUUUCUAUUUCUCGAUCAACUUCAGUUAUUGAAUAAUCAAGAUGAUCGAGACCCUGCAGUUACUUGCUUCAACUUUUCUGAACCCCAGUUAUGGGUUGUUGCUGGAAACUGCAUGCUAUCUAUUUUGGUCACGGGACAAUUUCUAUUUUUCCUAGUUGCUUCUUUAUGUGGAGAUUAUAUUUACUAUGACACAGCCUUGUCGGCAUAAUGUAUGGUGAUGUUGCAUCCUAGCUUUUGAAUUAUAAUAAAGUACUGUUAUAGAAA